ACAAGAAGCCCUAAUUUCAAUGGAGGGAAAAAAGAAACAAAAAAAGAAGAGAAAUGGGGUUUUAUCCUCGUAAACAAAAUACAAAAACCCCAACAAAUUUAUAGCAAAAAAUGGCACUUCUUCUUCUAAAACCCCGUAAUCUUCCUCUUCGACGACUCAUGAUCAUCUCCUCCGCUCGUUCUUCUUCACUUCUCUCGCACUCUUACUCUUCCCUCUCCCGCCCUCUGCUUUCCUUCAACAGCACCAGGCUGAGUUUUCCAUGGAGAGGCGUCAGAGUUACCAUUUCAGCUCCAGCUCCGGCUAGUAGUGGAUUUUCAGUUCAAAAUGCCAGGGCAUUUAUGUCAUCUACCACUACUACUGAGCCUUUUCAAGAAUCUGAUACCUCUAAGGCUUAUAGUUCUGAUCAAAUUCAGGUGCUGAAAGGCUUAGACCCUGUUAGGAAAAGGCCUGGAAUGUACAUUGGGAGUACUGGACCUCGAGGUUUGCACCAUUUGGUUUAUGAAAUAUUGGAUAAUGCAAUUGAUGAGGCGCAAGCAGGAUAUGCUUCAAGAGUAGAUGUUGUUUUGCAUUCUGAUAAUUCUGUUAGCAUCACUGACAAUGGCCGUGGGAUUCCCACUGAUUUGCAUCCAGUGACAAAGAAAUCUUCCUUGGAGACAGUUUUAACGGUCUUACAUGCUGGUGGAAAAUUUGGUGGUGCUAACAGUGGUUAUACUGUCUCUGGUGGAUUGCACGGUGUGGGCUUGUCCGUCGUUAAUGCCUUGUCUGAGGGAUUAGAAGUUAAUGUUUGGCGUGAUGGAAUGGAAUACAACCAAAGAUAUUCUCGUGGAAACCCUGUGACAAUACUUAUGUGUCAUCCCAUCCCAGUUGAAUCUAUGGAUCGGAAAGGGACCAGUAUCAGAUUUUGGCCUGACAAAGAAGUAUUCACUACUGCAAUUGAAUUUGACUACAACACUAUAGCUGGAAGAAUUAGGGAGCUUGCAUUUUUAAAUCCAAAGCUUACUAUCACUCUUAAAAGAGAGGAUACUGAUCCAGAGAAGAACCAGUAUGAAGAAUAUUUCUUUGCUGGGGGGUUAAUUGAGUAUGUGAAGUGGCUAAAUACUGACAAGAAUCCAAUUCAUGACGUUGUGGGCUUCAGCCAAGAAUUAGAUGGGAUCAUAAUAGAUAUGGCUCUCCAAUGGUGUUCCGAUGCAUAUUCAGAUACAAUACUGGGCUAUGCCAAUAGCAUACGCACUAUUGAUGGUGGCACUCAUAUAGAAGGUUUCAAGGCUUCACUAACGAGAACUCUCAAUAAUCUUGGGAAGAAAUCAAAGAUCAUGAAGGAUAAGGAUAUUAACCUAAGUGGUGAACAUGUGCGGGAGGGUUUAACAUGCGUUAUAUCAGUUAAAGUUCCAAGUCCAGAGUUUGAAGGACAAACAAAGACGAGAUUAGGAAAUCCAGAGGUGCGGAAAGUGGUGGAUCAAUCUGUGCAAGAGUAUUUAACUGAAUAUCUGGAGUUGCAUCCAGAUGUUUUUGAUUCCAUCCUUUCAAAAUCUUUAAAUGCUCUCAAGGCAGCUUUGGCAGCAAAAAAGGCUAGAGAGCUGGUGAGGCAAAAGAGUGUAUUGAGAUCAUCAUCACUCCCAGGAAAACUGGCUGAUUGCUCAUCUACCAAUCCUGCAGAAUCUGAAAUUUUUAUAGUGGAAGGAGAUUCGGCUGGCGGAAGUGCCAAACAAGGCCGUGAUAGGCGCUUUCAGGCUAUUCUCCCUUUGAGGGGUAAAAUUUUAAAUGUAGAAAGAAAAGAUGAAGCUGCAAUGUACAAGAAUCAAGAAAUUCAAAAUCUUAUACUUGGUCUUGGACUAGGAGUAAAGGGUGAGGACUUUAAUAAAGAGGCUCUACGGUAUCAUAAGAUUGUCAUCUUAACAGAUGCUGACGUGGAUGGUGCUCACAUCCGCACUCUUCUACUCACUUUCUUCUUUAGAUAUCAGAAAUCCUUAUUUGAGGAAGGUUGCAUUUAUGUCGGUGUUCCUCCUCUUUACAAGGUUGAAAGGGGAAAACAAGUAACCUAUUGUUACGACGAGGCAGACCUUAAAAAACUUCAGAGCUCAUUCCCUCAAAAUGCAUCAUACAAUAUCCAAAGGUUUAAAGGCUUGGGAGAAAUGAUGCCUAUCCAGCUAUGGGAAACAACAUUAGAUCCAGAGAGAAGGCUGCUCAAACAAUUAGUCAUUGAGGAUGCAGCAGAGGCCAAUGUUGUGUUUUCUUCUCUUAUGGGUGCUCGGGUUGAUGGUCGGAAAGAGUUGAUACAGAAUGCUGCACAGAUGGUUGACAUUGAUCAACUGGACAUCUGAUAGGUCCACUAAAUUAAGAGUGAUGCUGUUUACUGUAACACCAGAUUAUGUGAACAUUCCAUUGUUUCUAUCAAUGUAUUCAGUUUUCCUCAUCUUUGCAGUUCUUGGUAGGUAUGGCUUACAGUGUAGGAAGGAUGAAAAAUUCAGUGGCAAAUCACUUACAUUUGUAAAAAAUUGUUGUACUUCACAUAACACAGGCAAUUAUUAAUUUUAUUUUUAGAUAAA